AGACAACGGUGGUCCCCACCCAUGUGAGAAACGGGACAAUGUUCAAAAACUACGGGACCUACUUCCCCAGCUCAACGUCGUCGUUUUACCAUUAAAACAAACACUCACUCCUCUAUUCGCACGUGCCACUCACACAAUCACUCUCUCUUCAUUCAAAUUUUUUUCAAAAUCCUUCUUUAUUUUCCUUCAUUCAUUUUCAUUUCAUUCAUUUCACAAAUUGCAAACACUUCACUGUUGUUGUUAUUGUUUACUUCUAUCGUAUCUAUCUUCGUUUUCACUUCUUCUAGAACGUUCCGAUCUGAUUAAAGUUAGUUAAAGAUGAACGGUGGAGGAAGACAAGGACUUAGAUCUAGUGGUGCUACCGGCGUUCACCACCAACGUCAAUACUCCGAGAAUUUUCUCGACGGCGCUACUACCGGUAACAGAUGGCUUCAAUCUGCCGGUCUUCAACAUCUUCAAUCCUCCGCCGCCAAUCCACUUCAGGGAGGGAGAAUGUAUAGGAAUGUUCAGAGAAGCUAUAACGGUGGAGGGAGUGAUUAUUAUAUGGAACCUGCAUCGCCUCCUGAUGCUUUUCGUGCUUCGAAUUUGAAGAUGAACGGUGAAGAUUCUACCGGUGAUUUUAGUCCUGGCUUGUUGGAUCUGCACUCAUUUGAUACUGAACUUCUUCCUGAGAUCCCAGUCUCCAAUGCAUAUGAGUCGAACACUCUGUAUCGUGGUAGAAGCUUUGAUGACACUGAACCUUACAUGAUUAGCAAACAGACUGCCAAGGGUCGUGCUCCUGACAAUGCAUUGAAAACUUUACCUGCUGAAAAAGAGAAGACUAGUUCUGUAGCAAAGAUUAAAGUUGUGGUUCGUAAGAGACCUUUGAAUAAGAAGGAAUUAGCAAAGAAUGAGGAAGACAUUAUAGAAACGUAUGCCAAUUCUUUAACAGUGCACGAAACCAAGUUGAAGGUUGACUUAACUCAGUACCUAGAGAAGCAUGAAUUUGUUUUUGAUGCUGUCUUGAAUGAAGAGGUUACAAAUGACGAGGUGUAUCGUGAAACAGUCGAACCCAUAGUUCCAAUCAUCUUUGAACGCACUAAGGCAACUUGCUUUGCAUACGGGCAAACAGGAAGUGGAAAAACGUAUACAAUGAAGCCCCUGCCACUUAAAGCAUCAAGGGACAUCCUAAGAUUGAUGCAUCAUACUUACCGGAACCAAGGAUUUCAAUUGUUUGUGAGUUUCUUUGAAAUAUAUGGCGGGAAGCUAUAUGAUCUCCUUAACGAGAGAAAAAAGCUUUGCAUGAGGGAGGAUGGUAAGCAGCAAGUUUGCAUUGUUGGUUUGCAAGAGUACCGAGUUGCAGAUGUGGAGAACAUCAAAGACCUGAUUGAGAAAGGAAGUGCCACAAGAAGUACAGGAACCACAGGUGCAAAUGAGGAAUCUUCACGGUCUCAUGCAAUACUUCAACUUGCUAUCAAGAGGUCAGUUGAUGGCAAUGAAUCCAAACCUCCCCGACUUGUUGGCAAGCUCUCCUUCAUAGAUCUUGCUGGAAGUGAACGUGGAGCAGAUACCACUGACAAUGACAAACAGACAAGAAUAGAAGGGGCUGAAAUCAACAAGAGCUUACUCGCCCUAAAGGAAUGCAUUAGAGCUCUUGAUAACGACCAAGGACACAUCCCUUUCAGAGGAAGUAAACUAACUGAAGUUUUGAGAGAUUCUUUUGUUGGGAAUUCCCGUACUGUUAUGAUAUCAUGCAUAUCACCAAGCUCUGGUUCAUGUGAGCACACUCUGAAUACAUUAAGAUACGCUGACAGGGUGAAAAGCCUGUCAAAGGGGAACAACUCGAAGAAGGAUGUUUUAUCAUCAAAUUUCAACCUUAAAGAAUCAAUUACAGUUCCCUUAUCUUCUGUUACUGCACCAGCCUAUGAGGAUUACACAGCUGAUGCAUGGCGUGAUGAAAAUGAAGGGGAUGAUUUUAGCCCCCCUGAAGAGUACUAUGAGCAAGUGAAACCGCCGUUGAAGAAAAAUGUAAGGAUGGAGUCAUAUGCAAUGACUGAUGACAAAUUGAAGAAACCUAGUGGUCUAGUCAAAUGGAAGGACCUCCCAAAACCUGAACCUAAACCCACUAAUUCAGAGGAUGAUUUAAGUGCACUCUUACAGGAAGAAGAAGAUCUUGUAAAUGCACACCGGACACAAGUAGAGGAGACCAUGAAUAUUGUUAGAGAGGAGAUGAACCUCUUGGUUGAAGCAGAUCAACCAGGGAAUCAGCUGGACGAUUACGUAACAAGACUAAACACCAUUCUUUCUCAGAAAGCUGCUGGCAUUCUACAGUUGCAAAACCGUUUAGCUCAUUUUCAGAAACGUUUAAAGGAGCAUAAUGUCUUGGUUUCAUCUUCUGGUUAUUAGUAUCAUUUAAAAAGGACUCCUAGUGAGAAAGGUUUAUUUUAGAUGAGUGGAAUCAUGCAUUUCUGUGAUUGCCGUGGCACUAUUUCGAGUUGAGAUAAUUUUAUACCUUGGCAAACUACUCAGGAUUUGGGAAACCGGAGAAUAAAGUUUUUAUUUAUUUUUUCUCUUUACCCCCUGCGAGGAAUGUAGUGUAUUGGUUUUACGCACAGCUGUUGGUGGUGCCUAGCUAAUGUAUAAAGCUCUGAAUUGAUGUUUGAUUGAUCCAUUGAAUUAUGAAAUAUUGAAUACCUAUAUUUUUCUGA